GCCCGGGCGAACACGUGGCUGCCGCGGAACCAGAGCAGCAAUGGCGGCCGGUGGCGGCGGUAGCUUCGACCCCUUGGCCCCGGCGGGGGUCCCCUGCGCCUUCUCGCCGGACAGACAAGCCUACUUCGCUUUAGCCUCUAGCGACGGUCACUUGCGGGUGUGGGACACAGCCAACAACCGGCUGCACCAGGAAUACGUGCCUUCCGCGCACCUAAGCGGUACCUGCACCUGCCUGGCCUGGGCGCCCGCACGGCUGCAGGCCAAGGAAAGUCAUCAAAGGAAAAAAAGGAAAUCAGAAGUUAUAGGAACGAAUGACCAGGUUGACUUGUUGGCGCUUGGCACAGCAGUUGGUAGCAUUUUAUUGUAUAGUACAGUAAAAGGAGAGUUACACAGUAAAUUAGUAAGUGGUGGACAUGAAAACAGAGUCAAUUGCAUACAGUGGCAUCAAGACAAUGACUGCAUAUAUAGUUGUUCAGAUGAUAAGUAUAUUGUGGAGUGGAGUAUACAGACAUGCAAAGUAAAGUGCAAAUGGAAAGGAGACAAUAGCAGCGUCAGUUCCCUGUGUAUCAGCCCAGAUGGAAAGAUGUUACUUUCUGCUGGUCGAACAAUCAAACUCUGGGUUUUGGAGACCAAAGAAGUCUACAGACACUUCACAGGACAUGCGACGCCUGUUUCAUCGCUUAGGUUCACGACCAUCAGACCUAAUGAGAGCCAGCCUUUUGAUGGGAUUACAGGCCUUUAUUUCUUAUCUGGAGCAGUACAUGACCGAUUACUUAAUGUCUGGCAGGUCCGGUCAGAGAACAAAGAGAAGAGUGCAGUCAUGUCGUUUACAGUCACAGAUGAGCCUGUCUAUAUUGACCUGACUUUGUCAGAAAACAAAGAAGAGCCUGUCAAGUUAGCUGUUGUUUGCAGAGAUGGUCAAGUUCAUCUUUUUGAACACAUAUUAAAUGGACACUGCAAAAAGCCCUUGACUUCAAAUUGCACAAUUCAGAUAGCAACACCUGGAAAGGGCAAGAAAGCAACACCAAAACCCAUCCCUAUUCUAGCAGCUGGCUUUUGCUUAGACAAAAUGUCCUUAUUGCUUGUGUAUGGCAAUUGGUUUCAACCUACCAUCGAGCGAGUGGCUUUGAACUCCAAAGAUACUCAUAUAUGUUUGGAAAGAGACAUUUCAAAUUGCUGGGCUCCAACAGUAGAAACUGCUAUAACCAAGGUGAAAACACCGGUAAUGAAUUCUGAAGCAAAAGUUUUGGUGCCUGGGGUUCCUGGACAUCAUGCGCCAAUCAAGCUGCCGCCCACCCAGCCCAAGGAGGCCGAGAGCAAGAGGAAAUUGGGCAGUAAUGAGGCUACCAUCGAGGAGCGCCUUGGUGCCAUGGAUCUAGAUAGAAAAGGGAAGAGGGACGACCUUCUGCAGACAAACAGCUUUCCAGUCCUUCUCACACAGGGCUUAGAAAGCAAUGAUUUUGAAAUGUUAAAUAAAGUGCUUCAAACUAGGAAUAUCAACCUAAUAAAGAAGACUGUGCUGAGGAUACCCUUGCAUGCUGUUAUCCCACUGUUGCAAGAGCUUACGAAGAGGUUACAGGGACAUCCCAAUAGUGCUGUUUUAAUGGUCCAGUGGCUGAAAUGUGUGCUGACGAUCCAUGCAUCAUACCUGUCCACAUUGCCUGACCUGGUACACCAGCUAGGAACACUCUACCAGCUAAUGGAAAGCAGAGUCAGAACUUUCCAGAAACUUUCACACCUGCAUGGGAAGCUCAUUCUUCUCGUCACGCAAGUUACAGCAUCAGAAAAAACGAAAAAAAUGCCCUCCCCUGGACAGAAGGCAAAAUUGGUGUAUGAAGAAGAGUCUUCUGAGGAGGAGUCUGAUGAUGAGAUUCCGGAGAAGGAUUCUGAUGAUCAUUGGGACGAAGAUGAAGAGAAAGACAGUGAAAAGGAUGAGGGCGCUGAUGAGGACAAUGAGGAGGAAGAUGAGGACAUGGAAGACAAAGAAGAGAAUGAAGAGGACAGAGAAGUGUCAAGUGAAAAGGAAUUAAACGGAGAUUCGGAUUUAGAUCCUGAAAAUGAGAGUGAAGAAGAGUGAAGACAGAAACAGCCCGUCACACGAGGAUCCUGGCUCGACUUGCCCAAUGCUGUCUAUUGCAUCCUCCCAGGGAGGCUUGCCCUGUGCCAGAAGACAAAAGGCCGCCACAUGCUUCCAAGUUCACAGAGGCGAUUCCCACACCUCCUGUCCUGCGUGCCCCAGACUUUAACUGUGUAAAUAAGAAUGUUUCAUUCAAAUGUUAAUAAACUUUACACAGUAAAUAGACACACUUUCUGCAAUGUACUGACAUGAGUGUCCAAUAUAUGGUAUAUUUUUAUAAUAUAAUACUCUGGUAUGAUUGGUUCUAUCGGAAACCGACUUAGGUGAAUACAGACAUGCCAUAGGGGUCAGGAACUGGACACUUGGAAAGGAGUUGGCUCUCAUCUCAGGUUGGUAUCUUUCAUCCAGUCCAAAUGCAAGUAGCAUCAGUGGAUUGUUUUUAAUCCAGCACGUCUAAUUUGAUACAUUUUCCUAAAACAUGAAGGAAUACCUAAAAGUUAAAAUGGUUGUGAUUUACAGAAAUAAGGUCACAGUCUCCCUAGCUUGUCCACUCACUGCUGAUCUGACCCAGAUCGGUUGGGUGGUUGGAGUGCUUCCCCAAAUAACCACUUAUUUUUUAAAGUGUCAUGUGAGAUAUUUUUUUAAACAAAACAAAAUAAUGGUAAUUAAAGAAGCAAAGCCUCAGCCAUCCCUAAGGGGUUUCUUGUCUGCAGACUGUAAAGACUCAUCAGUGUACAGAUGAGACCUGCUCAACAUGCAACUUUGUAACCCUUCAGUCCUAGCUGCUUUUGAGGAGGUUUCCAUUUUUAUUUAAAUUACUAAUGGAUCAGAGAACAAUUGUUUAUUUUUUUCUCUUUGGUUUUAGAUAUUAAUAAUAACCUUGCUGGAAUUUUUUUCCAAAGAAACUAUUUUUAUAAUUCAGUAAUUUAACUUUUUUGUUCCUUUUCAUUACCCACUCUUGGCAGGGCUAGGGUAUCUGUUUAUCUUUCAAAAUGAUAAAUCUUACUCAAGAUUUUUUAUGUAUGUAUAAAUAAGUAUUUUGGUGUGCUACACAGCUUUUUCAAAUUACCAGUAAUUUGUCUUGUUUCUAAGAGUGGGCCAGUACUAACUUGGCAUUCAAUGAGGGACGCAGAUGGAGAGCUCACUUCUGCAGAAAGGACUGAGCAGAUGCGUGUCUUUCCUACCUGUGACUGUAAGAAACGCAAGAUCUGGGAGGACUCCCACUGGGCAGAGCAGGCUGCACAGCCAAAUCGGGAAGGGCACCUUGGGCAAGCUGCUGAACUAUUGAUGUACAGUUGUUAUUUGUCUAUAAAUGGAGCUGUUUAUGGCAAUUUAAUACCAUUCUCUUUGUAAAGUGAAUAAAUACUCAUCUUUACCCAG